AUGCAAAGCAUCUCUCCCUCUCCAAAUGCUACCCUUACCUACUCUUCCGAGCCCACGUCCACAAACACCGAGUACCACAAUGGAGCCUCCCAUGGCGGAUGUAGUCGGUGGGAGGAUAUCCAGCAGCAGAGCACCUCUGCUCUACAUCCGGAUCCAGGAGAAGAACCUCUAUUCGAUACCGAUAAUAACCCUUUUGCUUUCUCGCCCGGACAAUUGAACAAGCUCAUCAAUCCUAAAAGCCUCGCCGCAUUUGUUGCCCUGGGAGGUCUUACUGGUUUGGAAAGGGGACUUCGUAGCGAUCGUCGCGGUGGCCUGAGUGCUGAAGAGCAUGUUCUCGAACCGAUCACAUUCGAAGAGGCAACAGCAGCGGCCUCCCCUGUCAAGCCAACCGGGGAACCUCCAGCUACUCUGUCUAUCAGCAAACCAAGCGACGGCUUCGCCGAGAGAAGGCGCAUAUUUGGCGAAAACAGGCUACCGGAGAGAAAGUCAAAGUCCUUCUUCCAGCUAGCAUGGAUUGCUCUACACGACCACAUCCUCAUCCUGCUCAGCGUGGCAGCCAUCGUCUCCCUCGCCCUUGGCUUAUACCAGACUUUCGGACAAACAAAGCAUGAAGGUGCAAAAGUCGAAUGGGUCGAAGGUGUUGCCAUUAUCGUCGCAAUCGCCGUUGUUGUCAUCGUCGGCGCGUUGAACGAUUGGCAAAAGGAGCGCCAGUUCCAGAAGCUCAACAUGAAGAAGGAGGACCGCUCCGUCAAGGUGAUUCGGUCGGGUAAGCCUGAGGCUGUCUCCAUCUACGAAGUAGUCGUGGGCGAUGUCAUGCUCCUGGAGCCGGGCGAUGUGGUUCCUGUUGAUGGAAUUUUCAUUGAGGGCCACGGUCUGAACUGUGAUGAGUCCUCUGCUACGGGAGAGUCCGAUCUGGUGCGAAAGGUACCAGCAGAGGAAGUCUUGGAGGCUCUUCACCGCGAAGAAGCACUUGACUUGGACAAACUGGACCCUUUUAUCAUCUCCGGUGCUCGAGUGUUAGACGGAGUCGGGUCUUUUCUCGUGACUUCGGUUGGACAAAACUCGAGUCAUGGUCGGACGAUGAUGUCGCUGCGAGAGGACAGUGGACUCACUCCGUUGCAAUCGAAGUUGAAUGUCCUGGCUGGAUACAUUGCCAAACUCGGCAGCGCAGCAGGAUGCCUACUAUUUACUGUCCUCUUCAUCGAGUUCCUUAUCCGUCUACCCAACAACACCGGCUCCGCCGAAGAAAAAGGCCAAGACUUUCUACACAUCCUCGUCAUGGCCAUCACCAUCAUCGUCGUCGCCGUCCCAGAAGGUCUGCCAUUGGCGGUGACGCUAUCGCUUGCAUUCGCCACGAAGCGCAUGACCCGAGAGAACAACCUUGUUCGGCAUCUCCAAUCAUGCGAGACGAUGGGCAAUGCUACGAUUAUUUGCUCAGACAAAACAGGCACUUUGACUGAAAAUGCCAUGACAGUGACUUCGGGCGCACUGGGAGGCGAGGUACUGCUCUUUGGCGAUGGGGGUUCGGACAUGGAGUCGCAGAUUCCGCACCAGCAGCUAUCCUCUAAGCUUGACAGUGGCGUCCAACAACUACUGAAGACGGCCAUUGCGGUAAACACCACUGCUUUCGAACGAGAGGAAAGCGGCACAUCGGUAUUCGUCGGGACAAAAACAGAGACAGCCCUCCUCGAAUGGGUCCGUCGACAUUUUGGCCUCGGGCCAGUCUCUGUAGAACGUGCCAACAACCCAGUGGUGGAAAUGUUUCCCUUCAACUCACAGAGAAAGUGCAUGGGAGCAGUCAUUCGGCUGUCUGAGCCUGAUGGCAGCGGUGAAGGCAGCAAAGAGAAGUACCGACUCUUUGUGAAGGGUGCUCCCGAGAUUGUGCUGGCUCAAUGCACCACUUCCCUGAUGGGAAUUACGAAUCACGCAAACGCAGAGCCCUUGGGAGAAUCCCAGAGAGAUGCCAUCAGGAACGUCGUUUUUCGAUUUGGAACCCAAGCCUUGAGAACUCUGGCACUUUCCUACCGUGAUUUCUCGCAGUGGCCACCCCAAAAGCCCGAGGCAGACGAUACGACCACCCCGGGCUCCGACGAUGUCACGCUCCCUGAUAUACAUCAAGACAUGACCUGGAUUGGCGUCGUAGGGAUCCAAGAUCCAGUCAGACCAGGAGUCCCCGCCGCCGUCCAAGACUGCCGAACAGCAUCCGUAUCCGUCAAAAUGGUGACCGGCGACAACCUCGAAACCGCCAAAGCCGUCGGCCUCGCCUGCGGUAUCCUAACCGCUUCCCCAGAAGGAGAGCAAGGCCUUGUAAUGGAAGGGAAAAAAUUCCGCCAGCUCUCCUCGGAACAGAAAGCCGCCGUCGCAGAAGACAUCUGUAUAUUGGCUAGGUCGAGUCCAGAGGAUAAACGUAUCCUUGUCGAAGUCCUCAAGAAUCUGGGCGAGGUUGUCGCAGUAACGGGAGACGGAACGAAUGACGCCCCAGCACUGAAGAUUGCAGACGUUGGCUUUUCCAUGGGCAUAACUGGUACGGAAGUCGCCAAAGAAGCAUCCGACAUCAUCCUCAUGGAUGAUAAUUUCGCGUCCAUCGUCAAGGCCCUUGGCUGGGGGCGAGCUGUAAACGACUCCGUCAAGAAGUUUCUCCUCUUCCAGCUUACGGUGAACAUCACCGCGGUCAUUAUAACUUUUGUCACAGCCGUCUCCGAUAAUGAGGAGACCGCCGUUCUCAACGCCGUGCAGCUCCUUUGGGUGAAUCUCAUCAUGGACACGUUUGCAGCACUCGCCCUCGCCACCGAUCCGCCCACCUUGAGUGCCCUCCAUCGCAAGCCAGAGCCUCGGACGGCUUCUCUGAUAAGCCUGACUAUGUGGAAGAUGAUACUUGGCCAGUCCAUCUAUCAAUUGACUGUUUGCUUCGUUCUAUGGUUCGGCGGACCCAGCUUCUUUGACUACCCAGAGGAUCAGCUGCGGACUCUCAUCUUCAAUGUCUUCGUCUUCAUGCAGAUUUUCAAACUCAUCAACAGCCGGCGCAUCGAUAAUAAGCUCAACAUCUUCGAAGGCUUGCAUCGCAACUGGCUGUUCAUGCUGAUGAUGUCCAUCAUGGUCGGAGGACAGCUCAUCAUCAUCUACGUCGGAGGCGACGCCUUUGUUGUUGUCCGACUUACAGGCGAGCAAUGGGCCAUUUCGAUUGGUCUGGGUAUCGGAUCGAUUCCCAUCGGUGUCCUGAUCCGCUUGAUUCCUGAUGAAGUACUGCGAAGCUGCAGCAACAAGUUGCGAGAGAAAUGGCCGCGGUGGUUGCGUCUGCCAGGCAAGAAAGCAGCAGACGGCAGCGACACAUCCUCUGUUGAGCGAUACAACGCCGUCUUCUCCCACAUCAAGGAUGAUCUUGCCUUUCUUCGAAUGAUCAGGGGAGGCCGAAUUCGCGCAUUGAGCGAAACGUUGGCAAAGUCCCAUGAAUCAAGCUCGCCGCAUCACCAUCCAGCGAAAGUCAGACGAGGCUCGUCGCCAUCUUCGAAAGAUUGGCCGGCUUCGCCCAUGUUUUCAGCCAUUGGGAUGCCCGGCAUCGUUGCUGCUAGCAUUGGCGGUCUGUCGCCGUUGGACACACGCUCUUCUGCUGUGUAA